GUGAUGGCGGCCCUUUGGCAAAGUGCAGUUCUGGUGAGCCUGGUAACUGCCCUGGUUGUAGAUGCAGAAGUGAAGCUGGACUGCAGGCCUGAUUUUGUCACAGUAGUUUGGACAACUGCUCGAGCCAGAGUCGAUCUUUCACUUGUUCGACUGGGUACCUGUUCUCCAACCAGUGUAUCAACAAGGGAGGUUGUCUUCAGUGUUGAAUUCAGUGAUUGUGACUUCAGGAGAAUUGUGACUGGAGACCAGCUGGUGUACACCAAUGACCUAACCUACAUGCCUACCACUGAUGCUCACAAAUGGGCAUUUUCUCAUCCAGUUGUCUGUGUUUAUGAGAGGCCUAAAGACUGGUACCCUCCUCUGUAUGCUCCAGUGCUGUUUCAUACAUAUGGUGUAGGAGCUCCCUCAUUCUACAUGGGACUAAUGAAUGAUGACUUCUCAGGCCCAGCUUCUUCCACUGCCUUUCCUCUGGGUUCCUUUAUCCCAGUUUUGGCUGGUGUGGUGCAAAUGUCCCAUCAGCCAUUGCUGCUGUUACUUGAGGAAUGUGUGGCUGCUGCAACACCACAACUGCACCCAGAGAGCAAUCUUUAUCCCAUAAUCACCAACAAGGGGUGUCUUGUGGAUAGUAAGGUGACUCAUUCCAAGUUUGAGCCAAGACACAGCCCAUCAGAGCUUUGGCUAUCUCUUCAAGCUUUCAAGUUUGCUGUUGGAGAAGAGGUUUUCAUCCACUGCAAGCUUGUAGCCUGGGACCCUAAUGGCCUUGACAGCACCAAGAAGGCCUGCCACUAUGUGAAGGAGCAUGGCUGGGAGCUUCUGGAUGACCCUUCAUACAGCCAUUUGUGUAGCUGUUGUGACUCGAGCUGCAAGUCCAGACACAAGAGGAGCACUGGAACAGGCCAUCUUGGAAUGACACACAAUGCUGUCCUUGGCCCACUUAAGAUCACUGACCUACAGUUUUCAAAAUGA